UGAUUCUGGGGCACCUUGUUGGCAGUUGACAUAGACUGUGCACAAGAUGAUCAAUUGUGUGGCAUCUGUCUAGCGUGUACUUGAAGAUGCUCUCUCCACAGAAGCACUGUUAUGGGCGUGUCGAGACAUGGCCCCGGCUUGUCUGGAGAAGGCGUCGCGCGCAUCGGCUACUCCCACGCCUUCCCCAGCCAACCUCGGUCCGUCGCAACUCGAGCCUCGUCUCCCCAUCACACUAUCACGUUCCAACCACAUCUCGCGCCAUCGCCCACGACGCCCGUAACAUUCGCCGGCCUGCCCAGACGUCGCACCCUCCCAAUGCUCCCAAAUGCCCUCCGCAGACUUCGCCGCCGCCCAGCAACGCAUAGCAGCCCGCCGCGCUCAACGCGCCCUUCAACAGCGCAAUCACCAUGAGCCGCCUCCACCAACCGCACAACGCGCCCUCUCGCGCCUCCCCUUCCCCUUCAGCACUCUCUCCUCCACUGGAUUCAGCGUUUGGGACGCGAUAAAAGGCCGAUCGGGCACACGACCAGAGUUCCGCGUCGGCCAAGUCGAUGCCGAACUCCUCGAUGAGGAACUCCUUACCCUGAUGAAGGAUCAAGUCGGCGAGGGCUUGAAAUACUUCGGGAGCCAUAUCACAGAUCAUUACUCAGCCGAGAUAUUGCUGGCAUUGAGAGCUGUGUUGUGGAAACUGAGCAUUUGGGAUCAGAAUGCAAGUUACGGCGCGCACCUACAGGGGCUGAGGUAUAUGGAUGCACGGAGUAGUGCGCCGAAUCGCCCGCCACCCAAGCCGUGGCAGAAAAUCGCAUACGGGGCUGUCACAGUCGGAGGGCGGUAUGCGUGGACAAAGUGGGAAGAGUAUCUUCUAUCCGCCUCAGAAGACUACACCCGACCCGAGAGCGCAAGACUAAAAGUCCUGGGACGCUUGAGCGAACUGGCAGGAAACGCGCACGAUGUCCUUGGUCUCGCCAGUUUCCUUGUCUUCCUCGUCGACGGCCGGUAUAGAACCAUAACUGAUCGCCUCCUCCGUCUACGCCUGACACCAACCUCGCACUCAACAUCACGCGAAGUCAGUUUCGAGUACCUCAACCGCCAACUCGUAUGGCACGCCUUCACCGAGUUCCUCCUCUUCCUCCUCCCACUCGUCGGCAUCUCGCGCUGGCGCCGCAUCCUAAGCCGCACAUUCAAGAAGCUGCGAACGACCGUCCUCUCGCUACUCGGCCGCUCGAAACCUGCCAACGACGAAGACGACGAGGAGAGCAAAGCAGCCGGCGAACUAGGUUUCCUGCCCGAACGUACCUGCGCAAUCUGCUACCGCGACCAAAACCCCACAACCACCACCGAAGCCGACAUCCUCACCUCGUCGGCUGGCGGCGGCGGUGUCGUCGGCUCCGCAACAACCGACAUCACCAACCCCUACGAAACCAUCCCAUGCGGCUGCAUAUACUGCUUCGCCUGCAUCGCGCAACGCAUCGCAAAUGAAGAAGGAGAAGGCUGGACGUGUCUGCGCUGCGGCGAGACAGUCAAGGAAUGCCGGCCCUGGAACGGCGAUGUCAUCGAAGAACAACCUCGUCGCGUUGAGCAUACCGAAGUGCACGAGCGACCCAGUACAGCCAAGUCUGUUGGUUUCGCUACUGGUCACAAUGAUCGUGGCGAUGAGCUUGAUGAGAAGGCGCUGCUAAGGGAAGUCGACCCCAUGCCAGAGCAGGAAGACGGCGCAGAUACAACGCAAGAAGACGAGGAGGGUAUAAUGGGCACGACUCACACGCGCGGUCUGGAUCUCGGAGAAUCGUUGUUUACCGAGAGUUCAGAGUGGGCGCGUGCUAGCGAAGAUCGAAGCAGCGACGAGGAGCAGAGUGAGGCGUACACUGAAGAUAGUGAAGAGGAAGAAGAGGGCGAGGAGUCUGGGUUUUAUGACCGACGAUAAGGCUUGGGAGGGUUAGUUUGGUUAGGCUGGACUGUUGUAUAAUUACUGGAUGCGUUGAAUUGCAAGAUACCCUGAUUUCUCAAGCUUGGUUUGUUCCAUUGUGCUAUGCUACCAAGUGUCAUUGAGCUAUCGUGAGACCAGUCCAUCGUGAUUUGAUUUAUCCGUUUGGUGAGGUGAUGGCUCAUGAAUA